CAAAACCAUCAUUGCUCGCACCAAGCCAGCGGGGAGAGAGCAAAGCAAGAACCGCACGGCACGACACUCUGCCAGUGGAGUGACAUCCAUCGAUCGGCAUGUCGACGGCGUCCGAGCAGCAGCAGCAGCCGCCGCCGCCGCACCGGGGGUCGUGGAGCAUCGGCGGGACGGUGGAGCUCGUGGCGGCGUUCACGGCGGUGUGCCUCGCGCUGUACGGGGCGGUGCUGUACCUCAACUAUCUGUACGUGCGGUGGAGCGGGCGGGACGGCGUGCACCGGACGGGACCCGACCCCGAGGCCGGGCCGGCGACGAGGAAGAGGGACGGCGGAGGAGGGCUCGACGAGGCGGCGCUGGCCGCCAUGCCGGUGUUCAGGUUCAAGGCGGAGCCGCGCGGGGCCGGCGGCGGCGAGGAGUGCGCGGUGUGCCUGGGCGCCAUGCAGGACGGCGACGCGGUGCGCGCCCUGCCUGGGUGCAGCCACGCGUUCCACGCCGGGUGCGUCGACGUCUGGCUGGGCGCGCACGCCACCUGCCCCGUCUGCCGCGCGUGCCCUGCCCUCCCGGUUCCGGCAGCGAAGGACGGCUCCAGGACGGCGGAGACCGCCGGACGGGAGCCGGACCCGGAGAGCCCGGUAUAGCAUGCGUGCGUGCGCCAUCCCCGAGCUGUCAGGCCUUGUACAAUGGGAGGUGCUUAGGGAAGGUGUUUAGAAAAAUAAAUCAGGUUUUUCUUAAGCAUCGGUGCUUAUUUGUAUAGGAUAGACGCUUAAUUAAGCGUCUCUUCUAUAAAAAUAGACAUCGAUGCUUUAGAAAAACCCAGUUUAUUUUUUUAAGCAUCUCUCUAAGCACCUCUCAUUGCACAAGGCCUCAGUAUGGGUUGAGGUACUUCUCUUAUUGUGAGGUUGAGUACAUAAUGUUUGUGUUAGCUUGCUUCUAUCGGGGCCGAUAAUUUUAUCUCAUGGCUUGUCAGUUGUAAUCCUACUUGACUUGUGCAUAUUGGUGAUGAUAAGUGAAGAAGUUCUCCAGACCACUCUGUAAUUAAGUUCGUACGUGAU